AAAGGUGUCACCUAUAGAAGGUGCUGCUCCCGUGACGUAGGUGGAGCUUUGAUGUGGGGUGCUGGCUCGGCAGACGGAAAGAGCGCGCUGGGGGCGGAGGAGCUUUGCUUUUCCCCUUCUGUAACUACCGAAAGAGGGAUUACUCUGGUUUGUUACUGCGACGGCCCCGCUGCCUCAGUUGUUCAGGGGCCAAGGGUCACCUGGAGCUCGAGAAAAAGCAAACAAGGGCAGUGUUGUAGAAAGAGCGCGGUGAGUUUCGGGUAACGAGAGAAACAACGCUCAACAAAGUGAAGGCAGACAGCGAAGGCGCCCCAGUGUGACCAGACGCUGCCAAGAAGUGGGCGCCCCAGCCUAUUCCUGAGGAAUUCACCACGGGGCUAAGUGCACGUUGCGCGUAGAAGACUCCUUAUUCCGACAGGGGCGAAGCAAAGCCAGGACGGCGAUUGGCGAUGGUAGCCGAGAAUGGUCCCGAGAAGCUGGUGGUGUCUAAUUUGCGGCUGCGUCUUCUGGUCAAUACAUGCAAUUAUACAAGAGCCUCAAAAUAUACGAUUUAAUUCAGUUAUGCUUGAUAGUGUUCUCCUGUGGGAUCCAUCAAAUUUUUCUGAAGGAAAUGUAACCUAUACAGUUCAACUUAAAAGUUUGAAGUCAGAAUUCAUUGACUUGUGCCGAAGAACAUACUUCACAGAGUGCAAUAUUUCAAGUAUACCUAAAUAUGGUCUUUCUCAUUUAAGAAUUAGAGCUGAAUUUGAGCAUAAACAAUCGCACUGGAUAUAUCUUAACUUCACACCAUACAAGGACACAAUCAUUGUACCUCCUAUUGUACAAAUUAUACCCACAAAAUCUGGAGUCUUGGAUGUUCAUCUCCAAAGCCUUCCUGUUAUACUUAAUGGUAUCAGAUACUCCUUGAAGGAUUUUUAUGGUUCGGUAGUUUACAAGAUAAAAAUUUGGAUGAAUGCUAGUGAACAGAUUAUCGAUAACGUGACUGCACCACACACUUUCCAUGUAAUAUCUGGCUUACAUCCUGGAAUAACAUAUUGUCUUAAGGCUCAAGCAUUUAUUGAAGAACUGAAUAAACCUGGAGAGUGGAGUAAAACCAGUUGUACCCAAACAACUAAUAAUAAUAUAGUAGGGACAGAUCCAAUAACUGUGACAGUUAUCUUCCUAACAGUAUUGGCAUUCAUCAUCUUCUCCAGUUGUAUGAUAGCUUGUAUUUAUCACCGGAUCAAACGUUCCUUUUGCCCUUCUUAUUCUUUGCCACAACAUUUCAUUCAGUUUUUAAGCCAUCCUUCUCAUAGUUCACUAUUUUUUGAAUCCCAGCCAGAGGGAGAGGAUCAUAACUAUGAUAUACUUAUUGUUCUUUUGGAGAAGUCCAAACAGUGCAAUAGUGAAUUGGAAAAUAAAACAAUUAACAUCAAACAGGAGCUGCAAGGAUCUCAAGAAGACACCUUUAAACCUAAAGAAAUUUCAAACUGUACAACUUUGCUUCAAGUUUGAAACUUGGGAAUAAUAUACUGUACUUUAAGGAACUUAUUGGAAUUUACAAAAGGAACACUUUGCACAUUAUCAAGUCAUUAAUGGUGGAGUUUUUUUACUUGAUAAAAAUUUUAUAUGAUUUUCUAUUUUGGAAAUUUAUUUAUACUAAAGCAGUGAUUCUCAAUCUUUCUAAUGCCGUGACCCCAUAAUACAGUUCCCCAUGUUGUGGUGACCCCCAAGUGGGUGUGGCAACCAAUAAGAAGGAGUAGGACAGCUAAGGAAAAGGGAAAAAAUGGCGGACAGCAUGGUUUGGUGACCCCCGUGAAAUGGUCAUUUGACCCCAAAUGGGGUCCCGACCCACAGGUUGAGAACCACUGUAUUAAAGCCUUAAUUUUAGACUAAAAUGUAAUAAGCAAGUUCAAGUUAUUAAAAUUGUAUAACAUUUAAAAUAUUCUGAAUAUACUUUAUUCAGUAGUGUUUGCUCUAUUAUUUUGAAGAGCAUUUGACAAAAAUAAAAGUAUUCUUCUAGA